GAUAACACUACAUCUGUGGGUGUGUUCUCCUGAAACUAUCUCAACAUAUUUAAAAAAAAACAUCAUUACCUGAUUCAAACUCAUCUCUUGCUGUCUUGUUAUUUCAAGAAGAAAGCAGAUUCUCAACAACAUGGAAGACAUAGACAAUGCCAUGGAAAAAUUGACUCAGAAAUCUUCCAGCAAGGAGACUCCAGACAUUUCUCCACGUCGCUUGAGAGACCGUGAAAAGCUCAAGAAAAGAAAAUUGGAAAUGCAAGUGAAGGAACCCUCCCAGUGGGUGACUGUGGUUGAAUCAAAGAAAAAAAGAGGAAGGAGAGGAAAAAGCCAUUCUAAGAAGGCUGAGUCUGAGCCAGAGAUUGUACAGCAGCUCGAGGAUGAGGCAGAAGACAGACCCCUUAUUAUUUCUGAAAGUGAGAGGCCUGAAUGUGCGGAGGAAAGUAUAAAGUUGUCAGUAAUUGAGGAGGCUCCUACUACUUCAGCAGAUCUGACUAAGGAAAUAAAGUCACCCAAUACUGAAUUCCUAGAGAAUUUAAAAUUCCAAUUGGAAGAUUUACCAGAAGAGAACAUGCCACUUGAAGAGAAACAUCCAGUGUACUUGUAAAAUGUCACACAUCUUAACUAACUAGGCUUCGUUGAUAGGAUUUAAUUACACUGAAGAGAUAAUGAUAGUAUUUUUUGUCUUCAGUAAGAACUCAUAAAGACAUUCAAAUUUAGAAGUACAAAAUAAAGCAGUGUGGUGGCACAUUGAAUUGAGAACCCUUGAGUGCUGCACCACAGACAAGCAAAAUGUGUGUGUGCACCAACAAUUUUCCUCUCAAUUUGCCUUAUAUGCGAAAGGGAGAAAGGAAGACUUUAAAAUAAUAAGGCAUCUCAAAAACAGAUAAAGGGAUAUAUUUGGUAAUUGCUAAUGAGAUUCCUUAAGAAGGAAGCCAUAAGUACAUCAAACUGAUUCUUGAUGCUUAUUCAUCUAGCUUUGGAGAGCUAGUGGAUCAGAUUGAAAUGCUUGAUGUACUUUGUGUUGCUCAGAUUUUUUCAAAUAAAAUAACCUAUUAAUAUCAUAGAAUAUAAGAUCCUAAAUGAAGGCUGAUGGCUUAGUUUCUAAGGACUUCUGAUUUCUCAGUUAACAUAAAGGUCGAUCUUUUCCAUCUUUGUUGGGUCUUCAUUUCUGACCUUCCCUACCAUAUUUUCUGGCAGCAAAGACAGGGGAACCCAUUAUAAUGUGCUCCUCUGGGUCCAAUAGGUGAACUGCUAAGAAAAGCAGACUCCUGAGUCAUCACUUAUCUCAGUUCCUGUGUGUUGUGUGCAUGGACACUAUGUGCAAGAAGAGCUGCUGACAUUACGAAUGCAUUGCUACGAAUGUGCACUAUGUGCAAGAAGCACUGGUGAUGCCACUUAAGUCACAUCAGCGGUACCUCCUGCAUAUAGUGUGCAUGCACAGGAAGUAUCAAUACAGAAGCACUCCCUGCAGGGAAAAGAUUGACCUUUAUGUUUACUGAGAAAUCAGAAGUCCUGUAUCAACUUUAUAAUUUGCCAUUGGCAUAAGCUACUGUUAUGUAGGUAAUAUCCACUAAAGAAUUUAUUCUUGUCAAUGACUGACACCACAUAUUGACUUGUAUUUUAUAAUAGAUAUGAAUAGAUGGAGUGGGGUGAAAAUCACCCUAAACAAACAUAGAGAACAAUUCAGAAAAUAAAAGGAAAACAAUAUAUCACUGGGGUAGUUUAAAGAAUCUUUAAUAUUUAUGCAGCAGCAAAAGUUUAUUUAGAUUUUUCUUAUGUGUGUACAGGAAUGUACAGUAUUUACUUUAAUCAGCUUGGAAAAUAUAGCUACAAAUCAUUACUAGUGAUUUAAGUAUUCUACUCUACGAAUGAAAUAUAUUUGCUAUCAGUUGAACAAUUUAUAUAGAUAUUGUAAAUGUGCAUUUAUCUAUAUAACCAAACAAUACACUGCAAAUCAACACAAUAACAUAAAAAGCAUUAGAGUAAUUACAAAGAAACUUUGCAAAGAUCACUAUAUUCAGCAAUCAAUCUAGGAUAGAUGCUAUUAUUAUAAUUUGAAAGUGAAUAUCAUUCAUUUCAACUUUUCAAUUGAUUUAUGUUGGCAAAAUAAAAUGUAGACAUAUAAGAUUCCGUGCACCGCUUAAGGUCAGCUUCCCUUGCUAUGCCUCGGUAUGUUCAGUAAACUAACCUUUGAAUUAAUAUUGAUUUAGUCCUAGUGGUAAAAAAAAUCAUCUUAACAGUGAUCUGUUAAACUUCCUUAGAGAGCUACACAUACAGUUUAAGCCAACUCCAGUCUCACUAGUCAAGUUGCUUAUCAAUUUGCACAGUGCAAAUGUGGGUAUUCUUCAGUAAACAUAUUUCUGUUUGAUUAAAAAGUGGGAAUAAUUUUCCAGAUGAUUGUCAAACCUCCUAGCACGAGUUUCUGAGGGACCCAACACCUGACAACUAUAUACACUGACACUCAAAUAUCAAUCAAUGAGGCGAGCUUUCCCACUGCUUGUCCAGCUCGGACCGUCCUACCCAUUAGGGCAUUGGCAUGCAGGGUUAGCAGGAGCUGAGUAGGAUGACUUCCUGCCCCCAGUGACCGGUCUGCCCUUCCAAGUUCUGCCGAUGAGCCAGGCUGGCUGUGCUUUCAUCAGUAGUUCCCUGGAGUAAGGUGGACCCACUUUGCUCAGGAACCGGACCACUGAGGCCACCACACAGGGCUGGCUCAAUUCUGACAUUCCAUUGCCAAACAAGUCACCUUGGAGCCAGUUCAGCGAUUAGGGGUGCAGAAUUUGAAUGCUCGGGAACCGAUGGCAGCACGGAGAAGGUAGCAAACUCGAGUUACUGUGGGGUAACAACGGCAUGUGAAGCAAGGAAACUUGUCUAAGGUUACGCCCUGCUCAGGAAUCGAAGAUGAGUCCCCUCGCUUGCGAGGCGAGUCCUUUAACCACAAUACUACAGGACUCCACAAUCACAGCCUGUGUUUGCUUUCAGGCUAUUUCUUACCUCAGAAAAAUCCUGAAAAGUCUGAGAAAGGAUUGGAAAGCCAAUCAUAAUUUGACUCUUCCCAGUGUUGGAGAUCAUAAUUUUCUUCAGCAUUUGUUUGCAAAAUAUGCUGAAAGCAGAAGGUACAAUUAUCUCAGUGACCUUAGCUUUGUAACCAUUUAGACCCUAUUGGCAUCUUUACUAGUAUCUGGAUGUGCCUAUAGUAGGACCAAAUUAUAACAAACUCAAUACUUGCAUCUAUUAUGUGAAAUGUGUAAAUUACAUUCAAACACAUGUGUCCAGAGGGAAUUACUACAACCAAUUCAGAGUUUUGCAUUAACCUAAUAAAGCUCAAGGGUCUUUCUGGCCCCGAGAAGCACAAAACUAAUUUUGUGCAGGUUUAACAUCCACAGCCCUCAGUUAACUAGUGGUACUUAGGCAUGGCUAUAUUUGACUAUAUAACUAACAAGUAAUAAAAAGGAUUAUCUGUAAUUCUUUCCAUUAUUUAAUUACAUAUUGUAAUUAAUAACAUCUGUGAUUUACACAAUUCAUGUAAUAGGUCGCAUUAUUUCAUAUUCAUUUGGGAUAAAAAAAGUAGAAUUGUAGUAUUUUUAAAAUUGAACUAAUUGAAUUAGGAUAACUGAAUGAAUAUGGGGAAAAUAACUAGUGGCUGCUUUUCUAGUAUCACUGUAAAAGCUGUUUGGGGGCUCCUCCAAACAAAAUGGGUUACAAGUGUCCCGUACGAACAUUAACAGCUGCUGUAUGGCUCUCUGUCACUAUGACAUUUCAAAUAAUCUCUUGUUUCCAGAGCAGCAAUGAAUCCUUGGGUUAAUCCUUUAUCAGGAUUGCAAAGGGAGUAUUCAAUGGCACGCCCAACCUGACAAACUGCAUUGAUAAUCUUGGUUUACAGUUAUUGUUAUCUAUUUACAGCACUCAGAGAGCACAAAAAAUACACCAUCAUUGUAAGAGAUCGUCAGCUAUACAUAAUUCAUGCCUUAGUAAGGAAACAUCAAAUUGAAACAAAAUUGUUAAAUAUUUAGAAAUACAGAACACGAUCACGUAUAAUAAUGGGUUCAAUAAAUUCUAAUACGGCUUUAAUUUUCAAUUAACUGAGCUUUCCUUUAAUACAGAUGAUUUUAAUUAAGUGGGAUGAAUGUGGAUCAAGCAGUAUUGAAGGUACAACAAGACACAUUAAGCAACCUGAUCAAAUAAAUAAGUUACCUCUGUUCUUUAAGGUGUGCAGAAAGGAGUCAGGCAUGUUAAUUUUAGCAAUAUUUUGUAAAGAAAAUAUUUUGAAGAUGACUUGGAACUCUAGGUAGGUGAAACGAAAAGGUCGUCCAAUAAUGAUAAUUUACGAAUGUAAAUUGUUGUAAAAUUAUUAGCUCACAAAUUUGUGGAAAAGGCCAACAUUUUGGUAAUAAUAAUAAUCCUUGCAUUUGAUAUAGCGCCUUAUCAUGUCAUUGAGACGUCUCAACGCGCUUCACAGAAUAUAUUGUAAAGUGAAUUGUAUAUUUUGUGGACAAAAUGUGGCAGCCAAUUGUGCACCGCAGUAUUUCUUACUGCUGGCUAAACUGAGGUGUGUGGGGUAAGGAAACUUGUCCAAAAGCUUGUUAUGGAUCACAUUUGUUUUGUGAUUUUUUAAGUGAAUUUGUUGGCAAAUUCAUUUGUUGGUUGUCAGAGAUAUCAUCCUCCAACCAAUGAGAUGCUUUGUCACAAUAAACCGCUAUAUCAAAUACAAAGGUUUAUCCUUAUUAAUACAAAUUAUUAUUAAUAUUGCAUUUAAAUGGUGAGUUUUCUGUGGAAAUGGAGAUCAUAUCUGCAGCAGUCACUGGAAGAAGCACCAGCAUAAUAUUCCACAUACCUGUAUUGUUGUUUUUUAGUUAAACGUAAAUUUAAUUGUACAUAAAAUUAUUUGAAAUAAAUAUUAAUGAAC